AUGACCUCCAACUGGUUAUCUGAAUGGCUCUUCGGCCGCGGGGGUGGAGGCCCGGCCCGUCCUGACAGAAACCAAGCCGAAGGCCAACAUCAUCCGCACAACCCACUCAAUUAUCCUGUUCAGAAUGACCGUCGACCAGAUUCGAUUAACCGGGACGAUCAAGACUUUGCCGACAACCUCAGUUAUCAUCGACUUAGACCUGACGAAGGCCAUUCUCCCCACCGUCCGAGAAGAGUUCAUUACAACGGUAGGCGAGAUCUUCCAGGAACCUACCCAGACUCUCAAUCUAGUGACUACCGACAUGGCCACAGCUCAGACGAAGAUUUGGACUCUCUAGCAUUAUUUGGGAGCUCCAGAAGCACCAGUUCCCACUUGCCGUCGACUAUCUCAACGGGCUGGUCGCACAAAGGAAACUCGGACGUUGGUCUAACACCAACAACGAGUGACGACGGAUCUGUGCCAUUUAACAACAUAGUUCCAGUCAGCAGAGCUCACAGAGGGGGCAGAUACAUCGUACAGUACCGGCCGUCGUCUGCGCAUCCGCACACGGCUGGCCGGGAGAUCGGUAGCCGGCUGUUCUACCCCGAGCUCGAAGCCUCUGAAGUUCCAGCUGUGCUGCUUGGUCCUGUAGAGCUUUCUGCUGCGGAGCGACAGCCAGCUCAUUGGCGCUCUCAACCUCAGGAACCGAGUCCAGAACCUCCCAUUAACUUCGAUCUAACGCCGCCGCCACUUCCGACGCCCCGGGUCUAUGAGCUGCCGGCAAAUCCAUACAUCCCAGGGCAUUGCAAUCCACUCCCUCCGCCAAUCGUGCCUCCAAGACCAACCCAACGUGGCCCUAUCCCCCAACCGGCAGACCUUUCUUGGGAAAGCUUGUCAUCGGACGAGAAGCCCGAAGCCGAUCUCGCGCUUGGGUUCAAAAUCUGGUCACAAGGUUCUCGAGGGAAGCUGGAGAAACAAUUGAAGAAGGGUUGCAAGAAUGAGAAGGUCAAAGAGGUUCUUGAUAUACUCAAGAACAGCGCCUCAAAGUUCAAGCAACACUCUUCGCUCUUCGAGUCGCCUAUUCUGGAGUGUCUGAAAGCCCCGAGCGAUAAGCGCAACAAGUGCCUCCUCGGUCUCGUUAGUGCGAUGCAAGAGGAGGGCCAUAAACUCAAAUCAAUCGGCAAAUCAACCGGAGACAACGUCUUGACGAAGCUUCUAUGCAUCCGCAGAACAUCGACUUUUCAGCAGCAGAUCAACGCUCUGAAUUUCCUUCUGAAGCAGGGAGCUAGAUCUCUGGUCAAAAAACGCGACGCCCAGGGCUGCAGUCCUCUCGACUACGCUGUUUUGUCCGGGAAUGCCGGAGCAGUCGCGCUUCUGCUUCAGUAUCAAGCCGAUCCUAUGAGCCAAAACCGGUCGCAGAAAAGUGCGCGCGACAUCGCCAUGGAGAGUGCUUCUCGCCUAACCCAGGGUGGUAGCGAACUCAUGAUCAACAACCACGCACACAUCAUGAAUCUCCUAUUCAGGGAUGGGCAGCCUUGCACGAGAGCUCGUGCGGACUAA